ACCUAAUGCUUGUAUAUCGAGCAAUUAUUCGUCUAUCGUUCCUUUCCUUUCUUCGUUCGCUACAACAUUUUUGCUUAUAUAAAAUGCUUGUAUAUCAAUACAUCAAUAUAUAUAUAUAUAUAUCUUCUUGUUUCACUCGCUAUUGACCGUCAAGAGAUGGCUUCGAACGCUCUGCCACUCCUCCUAUCAUCAUCUUCUUCUUCAAUCAACCCACCAAACCCAAAUUUCAGUUUCAUCAUUCGAACAAGUACCAGAACUAAUCGAAGGAGGGCUCGAGCUCUGACCAUGGUCGCUUCAUCAGAGACCGAUGCUCCUCCUACACAUCAGAAAUCCACAAAAUUAGUGACAUUUUUAGGGAAAGGUGGUUCUGGCAAGACCACUUCGGCCGUCUUCGCCGCUCAGAACUAUGCCAUGGCUGGGCUUAAAACUUGUUUGGUUAUACAUUCCCAAGAUCACACUGCUGAUUAUCUUCUAAAUUGUAAGAUCGGGACUUCUCCUGUCACAUGCAAUGACCACCUUUCGGCUGUUAGGUUGGAAACUACUAAAAUGCUUCUUGAACCUCUCAAUCGGCUGAAGCAAGCAGAUGCUCAUCUUAAUUUGACCCAAGGAGUUCUUGAAGGGGUGGUGGGAGAAGAACUUGGGAUUCUUCCUGGAAUGGACACUAUAUUUUCAGCCUUAGCACUUGAGAGGCUUCUGGGCUUCUUUGAGAAUGUGGCUCAAAGAUCCCACCAGAAAGAUAAAUUUGACAUAGUUAUAUAUGAUGGCUUAAGUACUGAAGAAACUAUACGGAUGAUAGGUGCUGCCAGCAAGGCAAGAUUGUAUUUGAAAUAUAUGCGCAACUUGGCUGAGAGGUCCGAUCUUGGAAGGUUGGCCAGUCCCUCUCUGUUGAGACUUGCUGAUGAAGCACUGAGUUUAAGCAGCAGGGGGUUAAAUCUCAAUGGCAAAUUGAGUUCAGAAAUAUGGGACACUCUUGAACAAACUCUGGAGAGAGGAUCUUGUGCCUUUGCAGAACCACAUAGGUUUGGCUGCUACCUUGUGAUGGACCCGAAUAGUCCACCUUCUGUGGAUUCUGCAUUACGUUAUUGGGGUUGUAUAAUGCAAGCUGGUGUGCAGGUUUCUGGUGCAUUCGGAAUUGUGUCUCCAAAUUCUCGUGUAGAAUCAACAGAAACUGUUGCAAAGAAAUUUUCGCCUAUGCCUUUUGCUUUCAUUCCACAUGUUUCAACGGAUUCCCCUCUGGAUUGGAGUAAGAUCAUGCUGAAUGGUCUCAGUAAAGAUGCACAAGAACUUCUUACCAUGCCAAUAAACCACAGCAGCAAUAUUAUGCCUUUGGUUAAGUUUGAUCAAGCCAAGAAAUCGGUCACCCUUCUUAUGCCAGGUUUUGACAAGUCAGAAAUCAAGCUAUACCAAUUCAGGGGAGGAUCUGAGUUGUUGGUGGAAGCCGGGGAUCAAAGACGCGUCAUUCAUCUCCCGUCUCAAAUCCAAGGAAAGGUGGCAGGUGCCAAGUUUAUGGAUAGAAGUCUUACCAUCACUAUGCGAUAGUUUAAGCAUCUUUUCUUGCUUUCGAGUAGAAUUUACCUAGUUUCUUUUAUGGAACUAUGAACAGUGGCAAGCAUUGCCAACAUUUUUCAUAUCAACACUAUCAAAUAUGGGAUUGUUUUACGAAAUUCCAGAUUCAUUUCAUCAGAUGUUAAAAACAUCUCUUGUACUGUCUCUCUGGGGUAUGCCCCUUGUAGCUUGUAUACCUCUUAUUCUGAAUAAAGCCAACAAAUGACAGUUA